AUGACGAUUUUUAAUUCCGUAUUCCCUUCCGACGACUUCCUUUCAACCGUUUCUCCUACCAACCUUCCACCCCAACUUUCCAUCUUCCCGCCAAAAUUCAAAUUCCGACCCCCAACGGCUAUAAAUCUCAGCUCCAAAGCCAAACCACCUCAAUAUCAGAAAACCACCCUUCGUACCCUUCCCAUAAAUCCCAACAAUUCUACUCUUAUAUCCGAAACGAAACUCCCCAUCGAUUACUGCCUUUCCCUCUUGCAAAAUCGAAUCUCGGACAAAUCUCGUGUUCCAGAUGCACCACAAAUCCAUGCCCAGAUCUUAAAACUGGGCCUUUUCGAUUUGGAUGGUUCUGAUACAAUCGUUAAUAAUCUAGUGGGUCUUUAUGCGAAGAAUUAUAGAUCGUUGGAUGAUGCACGCCGGCUGUUCGAUGCAAUUCCUGAAAGAACUGUUGCGGUUUAUGCUGCCUUGAUAGGAUCAUACUGUCGAUUGCAGCGGUGGGUGGAUGUUCUUUCUGUAUUCGGAUUGAUGGUCCGUGAUGGUAUUGAACCUGAUAAAUUUCUUGUGCCCACGAUUCUUAAGGCUUGCUCCGGGCUGGAGGCUUUGAGAAUUGGUGAGAUGUUGCAUGGGUUUGUAAUAAGGAAAAGAUUGGAGUUGGACGUUUUUGUCGGGAAUUCGCUUAUUGACAUGUAUGCGAAAUGUGGGGACUCGGAUUCAUCCCUGAGGGUUUUUGAUAUGAUGGCAGAAAGAGAUGUGGUUACAUGGACUGCCCUUGUUUCAGCAUAUGCUGACGCCGGGCUUUUGGAAGAAGCAGCAGAGGUUUUUCAAUCCAUGCAGUUGAGUGGAGUGGAUCCGGACCUGAUUUCAUGGAACACAUUGAUUUCGGGCUUCGCUCAGAAUGGGGAGAGUGAAAAGGCCCUUCAUUUGUUAGAAGAGAUGAGAGACAGAGGAUUAAAGCCUGGUGUCAAUUCUUGGAACGGGAUUAUUUCGGGUUGUGUACAGAAUGGGUUCUUUGAAGAUGCUUUGGAUUUAUUUGGUGAAAUGUGUUUGUUUGAGAAUCCUAAUGCUGUUACAAUCGCAAGCAUUAUCCCUGCUUGCUUGGGUUUGCAGGCAUUGGAUUUGGGCAAGGAAAUGCAUUGUUAUGCUAUCAAACGUGAAUUUCAAAAGAACGUUUAUGUGGGUGGAUCAUUGCUUGGUAUGUAUUCAAAAUGUGGAAGGAGCGAUUAUGCAGAGAGAGUGUUUGCGGAAAUGGAGAACAAGAACACUUCUGUGUGGAAUGAAAUGAUUGCGGCAUAUGUGAAUGAGGGUAAAAUGAAGGAGGCAAUGGAGCUCCUUUGGUUAAUGCAAAAUGAUGGGUUGAAGCCCGACUUAAUUACCUACAACACUCUGCUUGCUGGGUAUGCAAGGAAUGGUCAAAAGGAUGAGGCCUUGGAGCUGUUUCCAGAGACGGGUCGGAUGGGUUUGAAGCCUAAUGUUGUUUCAAUGAAUGUUUUGAUUUCUGGGUUUCAGCAAUCCAGUCUUAGUAGCUUUGCUCUGAAUUUAUUCCGAGUCAUGCAAUUUCCAAAGGAGAUUGUUCUGCAAGAUCCAAAAGGCAACAUGCCUUUGCCUGUUGAAAUGUCAGAAAUGUCAAUCCAACCAAAUGCCAUCACCAUCACAAGUGCUCUGGCAGCCUGCAGUGAUCUAAAUUUGUGGCGUCAAGGAAAGGAAAUCCAUGCAUACAUUCUGAGGAAUUGGUUUGAGUGUAAUGUCUUUGUUUCCAGUGCGUUGGUUGACAUGUAUUCGAAGUGCCAGGAUAUGGAUUCAGCUGCCAAGUCAUUUCACAGGAUAAGUGACAAAAACACAGUAUCUUGGAACAUUUUGAUGGCGGGCCACAACCAUAACAAGAAGCCAGAAGCCACGCUAAAUCUCUUCCUGAAAAUGCUGGAAGAAGGGUAUAUACCAAGCUCAAUUACACUCAUGAUUCUUCUCUCAGCUUGCAGCAGUAUUGCAGCUCUGAGGCUGGGGAGAGAAUUGCACAGUUUCACUGUGAAAAGUGGGUUUCAUGAGUCUGCUGUUACUCUUGCAAGUGCUAUAAUAGAUAUGUACGCAAAAUGUGGAAGUAUUUUAGAGGCCAGAUUAGUAUUCAAUAACACAGUUCAAAAAGAUUUACCGCUGUGGAAUGCCAUGAUUUCGGGUUAUUCAAUGCAUGGGAUGCCCAAAGAUGCUAUUGUCUUGUUCAAACAAUUGGAAGCAUCUGGUAUCAAGCCGGACCACAUCACCUUCACUGCAGUUCUUUCGGCCUGUAGCCAUGAAGGCUUGGUGGAAGAGGGAUGGAAAUAUUUCAAUUACAUGGAGGCUGUUUAUGAAAUUAAGCCUACUUUGGAACAUUAUACAUGCAUGGUUGGAAUCAUGGGCGGUGCUGGUUUACUAAAAGAGGCACUUGACUUUAUGAAAAAAAUACCAUAUGAACCUGAUGCCUGUAUGUGGGCUACUCUUCUCCGAGCCUGUAGAGUCCACUCAAACUUGGAGAUAGGUGAAAUAGCUGCAAAGGCAUUAUUUGAGCUAGAACCUAGUAAUGCUUCGAACUACAUUGUCUUGUCAAAUAUCUACGCCAUGACUGGCAUGUGGGAUGCUGCUAGGAAUGUAAGGAUUGCGAUGAGAGCCCGUGGGUUGAUGACAGUUAGGGCAUGUAGCUCGAUUGAUGUCAGUAAUGUGAUCUAUACAUUUCAAGCAGGGGAUAGUUCACAUCCUGAAUUGGAGAAGAUUUUAGAUGCAUGGUAUAGAUUGGCAGAAGAAAUGGAGUGGGCCGGCUAUGUACCCCAUGAUGUUAUUUUCGAUGAUGAACAAGAUGCUGAUCCCUUCUCUUGUUUCCACACUGAAAAGCUUGCUAUAUGUUUUGGCAUCAUCUCAUCACAUUCUCGUGGUCCAGUCCGUAUCUCCAAGAAUGCAAGGAUGUGUAUUGAUUGCCAUACUUCAACAAAGCUUAUCUCCAAGAUUGAAGAGAGGGAAAUUUUCGUGAGGGAUGGAUGCUUCUAUCAUCAUUUCAAGGAUGGUAUAUGUAGCUGCAGAGACAAGUGGUGA